AUGUCUUUGGCGACGGUUUUCGUUAUCGGUACGCUUGUACGUGUGGUUGUGCCCACGUUGUUUCCUCAGAUUACCGAUGCUUUGGCCUCAACGGUCGAAACCUCCACGCCCAUUGAUUCCUUCAGAUCUAUCCAAGAAGCCUUCUAUUUGUUGAAAAAUGACUUGGACGUGUACGACGGUGGUAUUGUUUACCAUCCUCCUUUGCUUGUGGCGGUGUUGAACUUGGUGAACGACGUUGUGCCCGAGCAGUUUGUCUAUAUCGUGUUCAAUGUGUUGUAUGCGUUGGUUGACGUGGGCAUAGCGUGUAAGCUUAUACGAAUCAACGAAUGGUACCAUCAACAUCAACAGAAGAGAAGCAAGAUCGAGGGUCUGCCAUUUAGUUCCACGUUUAUUGCUGCUUUCUACUUGUUCAACCCGCUUAUGAUCUUGACUAAUUGGUCUCAUUCUACAGCCACCUUCUCGUACUUUUUAGUGAUUGAGCUGGUGGCUCAGGUUGUGGUGGAUUGUAACCCUUUUAGGGCUAUGAUUGCUCUUGCUGUGGCUGCAUACUUGUCGUUGACUCCAGCGUUCCUUGUGGUUCCUAUCAUUGCACUCGCGUACACGGUGUCUCCAGAACGCGAUUUGACGAGAAUUGCUGUUCAAGGCGGUGCUAUUUUCUUUGCAUCUUUGGCAACGUUGCUUCUUCUUUCAUUUGUGCUUUCGGGAUCGCCUGAUUUCUUAUACCAGUGCUACGGCAAUGUCUUGUUCUUCGACAAAUUCUCGCCAAACAUGGGUCUCUGGUGGUACAUUUUCACAGAAAUGUUCGACUACUUCACUCCAUUAUACAAGGGUAUUUUUAACUUGUACCAUGUCAUUUUCGUUGUGCCAAUCACGGUGAGGUUCUUUGAGAGAGCUAGCGAACCACAUCUUGGAGACUGCUUUUUGGCGGUCGUCAUGGCCCACACAUGGCUCUCCUUCUCGAAGUCAUACCCUAUUAUUGGAGACCUAGGCUUUGUGUUGUCCAUGUUGCCUAUUUUCAAAAACACCGUGAUCCCACACACCAAAUUCAUGCUUAUCAACGCAUUGAUGCUUAUAGUGUGUUUGCUUCUAGCGCCCAUCUUCUACUACUGUUGGAUUGUGUUGGGUAAUGGAAACUCCAACUUUUUCUUCAGUAUGAGUCUCAUCUGGGGUGGUGUCUAUGUCAUUAUUUUCCUUGACUUCAUCUGGGGUCGUCUAGUCUUCGACUACUGCCAAUCACAUAACAUCAAGGACAAGACAAACCUCCGGUUAACGCAAAUCUAG